AGCUCAGUUCUCCAGGCUCCCCAUUGGCUGGCGGUUUGUACAAAAUCUAACUCAAACCACUUCAGUCUGAACAAAUCCUAAAGGCGCACACACAGCCUCCUCCGCAGCUCCACCGCCGCCAUCAGCGUCCUUUCAGAGCCCGAUGCUGCGCUCAUCGCUCAACUUUUAUCUGUGCUGCUGUUCAUCGGCGGAAGGAGGCUGUUCCUACUUGCUUUUUGGAGGUUUUGUCACUCGGACUCUUUGACUUCUGCACAGCUUUUGCUUUUCCCCCCGAAAGAGAGGAAUCAAGAAAACAAGUCAUUUCUACACCUAAAUGCCAGUGUGCCCGUUGUAACACGGAGCCCACGGAGAUCAGAGAGGACACGAGGGGCGCCUUUGGAACGACACCAGUUUUCAAAAUUUUCUCCAACUUCAGCCCUCAGACAAACAUUAGCAUGAUGUCGUAUCUAAAGCAACCACCUUACACGGUAAAUGGCCUGAGCUUAACGACUUCCGGGAUGGACCUUUUGCAUCCAUCGGUGGGUUAUCCAGCCACGCCACGGAAACAGAGGCGAGAAAGGACUACUUUCACGCGCGCACAGCUCGACGUUUUGGAGGCGUUGUUCGCCAAAACUAGGUACCCGGAUAUAUUCAUGCGCGAAGAAGUGGCGCUGAAAAUCAACUUACCGGAGUCCAGAGUACAGGUGUGGUUUAAGAACCGGCGGGCUAAGUGUCGCCAGCAACAGCAGCAACAACAGAACGGCGGACAGAACAAGGUGCGACCUCCUAAAAAGAAAAGCUCCCCAACCAGGGAGGUCAGCUCGGAGGGGGCCAGCGGCCAGUUCACGCCCCCGACUAGCACCACCACAGUCCCUGCCAUCUCCACCAGCACCGCUCCGGUGUCCAUUUGGAGCCCUGCAUCUAUCUCUCCUCUGUCGGACCCCCUGUCUACCUCCUCCUCCUGCAUGCAGCGCUCCUACCCCAUGACCUACACGCAGGCCUCUGGCUACAGCCAGGGUUACGCAGGGUCGACGUCCUACUUCGGGGGCAUGGACUGCAGCUCUUACCUCACUCCAAUGCACCAUCAGCUAUCGGGGCCCGGUUCGACUCUCAGUCCGAUGAGCACUAACGCGGUCACAAGCCAUCUGAACCAGUCUCCGGCGUCUCUCUCCACCCAGGGCUACGGGACGUCCGGCCUGGGCUUCAACUCCACGGCAGACUGCCUGGAUUAUAAGGACCAAGCGGCAUCUUGGAAGCUGAACUUUAAUGCCGAUUGCUUGGAUUAUAAGGAUCAAACAUCCUCGUGGAAAUUCCAGGUCCUGUGAAAAGAAGCAGAGUCGAUCACAUGAGACGCAGUUCAGGCAUCUUUCAUAAAAACUCAACAUCAGACUGGUUGAGACUGGCUGCGUUCUCGCUCUUUUUUUUUUCUUCUUUUUACUCCGGUGGUCUUCGGUACUCCUAAAGGAGAGUUUUAAUUUAUUUUAGUACUGGCAAAUAGAUUUUUCCCUGUUCAUUCACAACUUGUAGCCCCUCAUCCACCUCUAUCAUUGCGUGCCUCUGUGCGUAAAAACACCUGUUGAGGACAUGCGCAGCCACGGAACUAUCACUUCAGUGAGUCCUGCUGAGGUGCAGACCUCUUUAAAAAAAAUUUACCUGCUGGCAGAGAGACAUGAGGAUACUGUGUGGACAUGGAUGCACUACUUUAUUUAAGAAAAAAAUGUUUAUAAGGAAUCAAUAUGUAGUUUUUAAGAGACAAUCAGUGUGCGUCUAAAUAAAUGGUAAAUAGGUGUUUUUUUUAUCUGUGAUAUAGCCUUCGAAACUGUGAUCUGUUGUAUUGUAUGCAAUUUGUGAGCCCUCUCUCGCAUCCGACUCUCUGCUAAGAUUUGAACAGCCUUUUUUUGGACAACAAAAUGGAGUUUAAAGUAAAAUUCAAAGAUAGCGAUGAGCCUUCUUUCCUGCAGUUAUAUUAUGGAGGGUUAGACCAUUCUGGAAAAGACUCUCCACCACCCACCCCCUAUCCAAUCUGAUUGUGGAUCCUUCACUUGGUCCCCCAAAGAGAGUGUGACUUCAUUGCUGAAAAGAAAUGAAUAAAGAUCUUGUGGGCUUAUUCUACUACAAAAAAAAGAAGAAAAAAA